AUUAGCUGGAGGCUUACUAUUUUCUCAUCUAAGUCAAUCAAAAUUAUCGUUGUCCUCUUUCUCUUGUCCAUUCAACAAAGCAGUGAGUUUGAGCAAAUAUGGGAGGGUGUGUAUCAGUAGAUAUACCAUGUGAUCAAGUGGUGAGUCAAACCUACAGAUGCUUAUUUGGGGAUGGAAAUCACAUCCACAUGAUGAAGCCAAAUCUCGAGGCUCUGGAUACAGCUACGCGAGAACUUAGAGAAAGGCGAGUUGAUCUGUCAAGAAGAGUUUCCCUAGAAGAAGAUAAAGGUUUGGAGCGGCUUGCUAAAGUAGAAGGAUGGUUGUCAAGGGCAGAAAGUAUUGACUCUGAGGUCAGUGAUCUGCUUAGGGAGGAACCAACUGAAACAAAGAGAUUGUGUCUUUUUGGAUAUUGUUCAAAAAAUUGCAUAUCAAGCUGUAAGUAUGGUAAAAAGGUAUCGAAGAAGUUGGAAGAAGUUAAAGAGCUUCUAUCUAAAGGAGUUUUUGAAGAAUUGGCCGAGAAAAGACCUGCAUCAAAGGUGGUGAAGAAAGAUAUCCAAACAACAAUAGGUUUGGAUUCAAUGGUCGGAAAGGCAUGGGACAGCAUCAUGAAACCUGAAGGAAGAACUUUAGGUAUUUAUGGCAUGGGGGGAGUUGGGAAAACAACCCUCUUAACUCAUAUCAACAACAAAUUGGACAAAGAGGUGAAUGGAUUUGAUGUUGUGAUAUGGGUUGUGGUCUCUAAAGAUUUGCAAUACAAGGUGAUUCAGGAUCAGAUUCUAAGAAGAUUACGUGCUGACCAAGAAUUGGAAAAGGAAACAGAAGAGAAGAAAGCAUCUUUCAUAGACAAUAUCCUAAGAAGAAAGAAAUUCAUACUGCUAUUAGAUGAUCUGUGGAGCGCGGUAGAUUUGAACAAGAUUGGAGUUCCACGUCCAACUCAAGAAAAUGGAUCGAAGAUAGUUUUCACCACUCGUUCAAAGAAAGUUUGCAGAGACAUGGAAGCUGACGAUGAGCUGAAAAUGGAUUGUUUGUCAACGAAUGAAGCGUGGGAACUGUUUCAAAAUGUAGUUGGAGAAGCCCCAUUAAAGAAGGAUCCGGAAAUUCUCACACUUGCAGAAAAGAUUUCCAAAAAAUGUCACGGCUUGCCACUUGCACUCAAUGUGAUUGGCAAAGCCAUGUCAUGUAAAGAGGAUGUACAUGAAUGGCGUCAUGCAAAUGAUGUUCUCAAAAGUUCCAGCCGCGAGUUUCCAGGUAUGGAAGAAAAUAUUCUAUCAGUUUUGAAGUUCAGCUAUGAUGGUUUAGAGGAUGAAAAGGUGAAAUCAUGCUUCCUAUACUGUUCGUUGUUCCCGGAAGAUUAUGAAAUAAAGAAGGAGGAGUUGAUCGAAUAUUGGAUCAAUGAAGGAUUUAUAAAUGGAAAGAGAGAUGAAGAUGGAAGUAACAACAAAGGUCAUGUUAUUAUUGGUUCGUUAGUUCGUGCGCAUCUAUUGAUGGAAUCAGAAACUACUGUGAAAAUGCAUGAUGUGUUACGUGAAAUGGCUCUUUGGAUAGGGUCUACGUCUGGAAAAGAGGAAGAAAAACAGUGCGUCAAAUCCGGUGUGAAGCUAAGCUGUAUACCAGAUGACAUCAACUGGUCAGUUUCGAGAAGGAUCUCGUUGAUGAGUAAUCAAAUUGAAAAGAUAUCUUGCUGUCCCAAAUGCCCCAACCUUUCCACUCUAUUUCUCAGGGAUAACGACUUGAAGGGUAUACCAGGUAAAUUUUUUCAGUUUAUGCCGUCCCUUAUCGUCUUGGAUCUUUCGCGUAACCGAAGUCUUAGGGACUUGCCGGAAGAAAUUUGCAGCUUGACUUCCUUGAAAUACCUCAACUUAUCAUACACACGUAUAAGUUCGUUAUCAGUUGGUUUGAAGGGGUUGAGCAAACUUAUAAGCCUGGACCUGGAGUUCACCAAGCUUAUAAGCAUUGAUGGGAUAGGAACAAGCUUACCAAAUCUUCAGGUGUUGAAACUAUAUCGUUCUCGUCAAUAUAUUGAUGCAAGAUCAAUUGAGGAGCUACAACUUUUAAAGCAUUUGAAGAUUUUAACAGGAAAUGUGACAGAUGCUUCAAUUUUGGAAAGUAUCCAAGGAGUGGAGGGACUGGUGCGUUGUGUUCAACGCCUUCGGAUUAUCAAUAUUUCCGCAAAGGAUUUAACAUUAAACAUGGUAGCUCUGGGUGGUCUUCGAGAACUUGAGAUUAUAAAUUCCAAGAUCUCUGAGAUAAAGAUAGAUUGGAAAUGCAAAGGGAAAGAAGAUCUUCCUUCUCCAUACUUCAAGCACCUCUUCAGUAUUGUUAUACAGGAUUUGGAAGGUCCAAAAGAAUUGAGCUGGUUAUUGUUUGCUCCAAAUCUCAAGCAUCUUGAGGUGAUACGUUCACCAAGCCUAGAAGAAAUAAUAAAUAAGGAGAAGGGAAUGAAUAUUAGCAAUGUGCAUCCUCCUGAUAUGACGGUUCCCUUUCCGAAGCUAGAAUCCCUCACUUUAAGGGGUUUGCCUGAAUUAGAGAGAAUAUCCUCAAGUCCCCAGGCCCUUCCAUCCCUGAAAGAUAUUGCUCACUGCCCAAAGCUGUCACUAGAGAGUUUCCAGGACACGAACAGGUAUGUUGAAAUUGAAGAAUGAGGCUCAGAAGCCCCGUUUCAUAUGUCAUAUGUGUGAGAGUGUAUCCUCUUAGUUUCUUAAACUUGGUUUUCGUUUUAUGUUCUGCUUUCGCUUGAAUGACAUUGUUGCAUUUCCACUUCUCUCCAGUUUGUAACCAUUUGAUACAGUUUCCUUAAAGCUUUUAUUUGUGUGUAUUCCGAUUCAUGUAUCUCUAAUAGCAAGAAAACGACAGUGGGUGAGCAA